CGUUGGCGCAGUUCGGGGGCUUUGUGUGGAGGAAGUGAGGUUUAGAGUGAAGCAUUCUGUGUAAAAUUGAGAAAAUUAAAAAUAAAUCAGCAACUGUAGUGAAUAAUUAAAUCGCACGGUCUCUUAGACGACGGCUUAUGCAAAAAUAACACUUGAAUUACUUUCAGAAGACCUUACAGCCAUUAUAUCACAGUGUCACACUGUUACAUUAAUGUAAAAAAGUUAACCCGGUCACAAAGACGCAAUUGGUAUUUAAAUCCGCCGUCGUUUCUAGACAGAAAUGGGGUUUUCAGAGAAAUCAAACCAGGCCCCGGAACCUAGGUACUAGGUUAAACAGCGGAGACUCAAACAACCAGGGAUAUUACAAGUUAUUCUAACUAGUAGGGUUUUUUUUUCCAGAUUGGAGCUCCGUGCUUUAACGAAGGCUUUACCCCGACUGUUACUUGUUACAUUGAUAGCGUAGGGAUAGUAUAAUCGGACAUAUAUAUUUUUGUACGAAAACGGAAUCUUAGACGCCGAUUAGAGUAAGUUUUCUAUUUUUAAACGAAGAUGGCUGUAGUCCUUUUAAAAGGCUUGGAUGCUGGUUUUAUGUAUUUUUACUGAACAUGUAACCUUAAUCAGAGAGAGGAAGUAUAGAAUCUACAUAUUUAAAAGCGAAACUGCAGCUGUUAAGACGUAUUGCAAGUGGAAGAUUUUUUUUUGGUCCUCAGAACAUUUUUUAACUCAAAAGAAAAGGUUGCCAAACUGAGCACUGAAUUUGUUGUAAAUACAGCCAGCUAUAUGUUUAUACCUCGUCUGUUUCUCACACCCCGAUGCUGCUAAAAUAGUAUUUUAUACAUAUAAAAACUGCAGAUCAUCAAUAUGUCAAACAACUCAAACGAAGCUCUUUUCUUGAUAAAAGAUGUAAAAGCCGGACUGAAAAACUUAAAUAUCGUCUUUAUUGUUUUGGAAAUAGGUCGGGUGACAAAAACAAAAGAUGGCCAUGAGGUGCGGUCCUGCAAAGUGGCAGACAAGACAGGGAGCAUCACCAUCUCUGUGUGGGACGAGCUGGGGAGCCUCAUACAGCCUGGAGAUAUCAUCCGCCUUACGAGGGGUUACGCCUCCAUGUGGAAGGGAUGCCUGACGCUGUACACUGGUCGAGGGGGUGACUUGCAGAAGAUUGGGGAGUUCUGCAUGGUGUAUUCAGAGGUGCCCAAUUUCAGCGAACCCAAUCAGGAGUUCCUGGCCCAGACAAACAUGCAGAACAAGACAGCCAAAGCUGAGCAGAGGAGUAACUCCCCCACCAACAUUGCAAAUUCAGGUACCCCAGUGCAGACAGGAAAUGGUUCUCAGCAGUCGUACUCUACCGCCAGCCCUGCUCCUAAUUCCAGGGAUCCUGCUUCCUCGUUUGGGGGUGCAGGGCGAGCUAACGGGCGUGUUCCAGGCAAUGGCUCUCCCUCGGCUCCCCCGGGGGCUCCACCUGGGAUCUCUAAACCGUCCGUCACCAUCAGCAACGGCAGAGACCCCCGUCGGGCCUCAAAGAGAUGAGAUGAGAUAUGGAAAACGCGCCAAACCAGCCUCCCUCUGCCCCAUUACUGCUGCCAGAGCCAGUGUUGAACUAUCCCACCCCUACACACCCUUGGCUAAAACUAUACACCCUACUUGAACACUUAAUGCACUUUUUGUCUUUUAAUUUAUCAUGAACCUUGAAAGGUUAUUGCUGUAAAUUUCAUCAGGAUUUUUAAAAUUCUCUAAAUGAAAUGCUUGAACUUGUGAAUUUUGUUUUUGUUUAAAAUGGAAUUUCGAAGCUGCUGCUUAAGUUUUUCCUCUUCUUGACCAAAAUUUUACCAGAAGUGACCGUGUUAAAAGUAGAGGUGGUUUGUUUUUUUUUUCUCCACUUUCAGUUUAGGCUACGUUAGGGGGCAAAACCAAUAAAGCCGCAACCAAAACGAUUCCA